UCACACUCUCUCUCUCUUUCCAGGCGCGUGAAUCUUCGGUUGAAUUGAGCUCGCGCUGUUGUCUUGGGCUGAAUUGUCCUCCGGGAUCCAGCAGGUAUGUUCGCUGCGGGGCUGACAGAAGCCCUCUUCGGCUUUCAGCUAACCUGGCUUCAUAUUCAUGUCGCGUUCGGCGCGCUCUGCCUCAUCGUCAUCGUCCACAAGUUGACUCUGUUGACGGCCACGAGAAAAAGUCUGCUGCGAGACGUUGAAGCUUUUCCAGGACCACCGGGGAACUGGCUGUUCGGACAUGUCUUACAACCUACACAAGAUACAACAAACCUGGAGAGAGGGUUGAAGUGGGGAGAGCAGUACCCCUAUGCCUUCCCCAUGUGGUUUGGCCCUUCUGUCUGCUUUCUCAACAUACAUCAUCCAGAUUAUGCCAAAACAAUACUGACAACAACAGAACCAAAAGAUGAUUUUGGCUAUAUGUUUAUUGAGUCAUGGAUCGGAAACGGGUUACUGGUGUCAAAAGGUCAGAAGUGGUUUCGACACAGGAGGCUCUUGACCCCGGGCUUCCACUAUGAUGUCCUAAAGCAUUAUGUCAACCUGAUGUCAGAGUCUGCACAAGUUAUGCUGGUUUUAAAGUUCGAACAAGUGUUUUUGGAAUUCACAGAAAUGCCACGGUCUGGGAAAACCCUGAAGUUUUUGACCCGCUCCGUUUUCUCCCUGAAAAUGUUUCCAAGAGAUCACCUCAUGCUUUUGUGCCUUUCUCUGCUGGGGCGAGAAACUGCAUUGGUCAGAAUUUUGCUAUGAAUGAGAUGAAGGUGGUGAUCGCCAUGAUGCUAAAGAAAUACCAGCUGAUAGAGGAACCCAGUUUGAAGCCCAGGAUAAUUCCUCGACUGGUUAUGCGCUCACUUAAUGGAAUUCACAUCAAGAUCAAACCUGUGGAAGCACAGAAGUAAAGGGAACAUAAAAUAAUUGCACUUAAGAAAAACACUUGGGAUAAUGAAUAAGCUGUUUUUUAAACUAUUUUGUGUAUUUUGCUAGCAAAAAACUUGAAAUUUGUAAUUGUUUAGUGUCAAAGCAGUAUAGAGGAAA